GCACAAAAUCUGGCGCCAAAGCGAGACGGACUCGCGUAGUGAAAGCACUGUGCAACCGUACCGAGGAGAUACCUGUAACGCGGGUUGAAACGCCACGUUCUUCGUCGACAGCAGAUAUACGCCGUUUCUUCGGCGCUGCGUGGUAGCUUUUCACCGGUGCGACACCCGCGCUUGGAAAACAAAGUACUGCGCACAUCGACGAAGUUGUAAGAGAUCGCGCCCUUCCAUGUCCCAGCGACUCCUGGUGCUCUGGCUGACGGUCGCAGUACUGGUGUUGCUGCUGGCGCACGCUCAGGGUGCCAAAGGUCGAGGGGGCAAGAGGGGUCGGGGACGGAUGCGGUCCUCGGGCUCUGCCAGGUACAUUUUCUACACCCAUCCGAAACGGAAAGAAUAUUACGACAACCCAAACGGGGCUCAAAUCGAGAAGGCAUCCCACUUCGACUACGAAUUUUUCCUUGGCCAUAAGAUCGUCUUCAUCUGCGUGGCAAAAGGAGUACCCAGGCCACGAAUAACAUGGUACAAGGAUGGUAUCGAAAUAUUUGCUCAUCCGUACAUGCAGACGCUGUUGCAAAUUUCGGAGUGGCAGUUGGAAGGUGACAGGAUCAAGAGCAAACUGGAGAUUGACCCCGCUCGUCAAAUGGACUCUGGAAAUUAUGAGUGCCAAGCGGACAACAAGUAUGCCAUUGACAGCCGUACCUUCAAAGCAGACUUCAGCACACUCGGGAGUUAGGAGCACAAUAUAGCACAUUACCGUAGCCCUGUCAUGCAUGCAGCCGGCUCCGUAGCUAUGACGAGAACAGGGAAACAUGCCUCGCAGGAACCACAUACGAUCACUCACAUCCCUUCAUUUUGUCUUCUCUAAACGAGGUCCAAAUAAGGUACAAGGAAACAAGAACAGAUGGGCCACUGUGACCUGUCAACGUGCACAUAUCACAAGACCAUAUAUACAGUCUGAGCUCCUUUUCUUUUUUUCUUUUUUUUUUUUUUUUUU